AUGUCGGCUGUGAUGGGACCGUCCGAGAAAAACGCGAGAUUAUACCCGCCACGUGAUGAGAAUAGGGGUAGCGAGACUCAGGGGACGGCCGACUCAUCAAUACCCGCAUCCGCAUCUGCUCCCAUCCCGAAGAAACGCAGCUGCGUGGUCUGCCGGUCCCGAAAGGUCCGCUGUGACAAGUUAUCGCCAUGUUCUAAUUGUCGUCGGGCCAAUAUCGCCUGCGUCUUCCCGUCCACGGACCGCCCUCCAAGAUGGGCUCGUCGUCUGGCAGCAUCGAACCCGCAGGUAUCGGCUGUAUCGCAAACCCCAGACCCUGCAGCUACUCAGGUUAUGGAGAGAUUGAGGAAUCUUGAGAGCCUCGUCAAAGACCUGAGCGGCCAGUUAGAAGUAGCUAACGCUGCGGCUGCGGCUAAUGCUGCGGCUAAUUCGACGGCGGGUGGUUCCUCUGGGGUGAACUCUCCGGGUAGCUCCAGCCACGAUCGUGAUACAGGUCUCCAGAAAGAGGUAUCACCUAGUACAAAUACCGAAAAUGUCGGUCUGCAAAAGCAAUUCGGAAGGCUGGUCCUUCAGGAUGCCAAUCGAAGUCGGUAUGUGAGCAGUGGAUUCUGGUCACGAGUUAACGACGAGCUUGAUGAUCUGAAGAUGGAGAGCCACGGUCUUGGGACCUAUGAUUCCGAGACCUCAGAUGAUGAGGCCUCACCUGGAAAGUCGCCCUCGUCCACACAAGAACUACAACGGACGCCUCUAGAACGCCAUGCAUUUUUGUUUCGACACAGCCUGAGUCCCUCUACUCCUGAUCUACGCGAAUUUCACCCACUACCCUCACAGAUCCCCUUUCUUUUAGAUAUAUUCUCUGAGAAUGUCAAUAGUAUUAUGCGCAUUGUUCAUGUUCCAACCAUUACCAAGAUGGUCCGCGAUUUGCGGGGCAGUGACAUGACAAGCUUGUCACCACCUAACGAGGCUUUGAUGUUCUCCAUCUACUACGCAGCGAUAACUUCUAUGGAGGAAGACGAUAUAAAGAUGAAUUUUGGCGUUUCUAAAACCGACCUCAAUCUCAAGUACCGCCUGGGUCUAGAGCUUGCACUUUCAAAGGCUGAUUUCCUCAAUGUCCCCGAUCUGGUUCUGGUACAAGCAUUCGCCAUCUUCCUGAGUCUCGUUCGCCGCCAUGACAGUCCGAGAUUUGUGUGGAUGAUGACGGGACUUGUCAUCAGGAUGGGUCAGGCCCUAGGUUUGCAACGCGAUGGCGCACAGUUCAAGAACUUGACUCCUUACGAAAUCGAGAUGCGAAGAAGGGCAUGGGCAGUAUUGUGUAUGCUUGAUAUAAGAGCAGCUGAGGACCAAGGAUCAGAUUAUACAAUCACGCCCGGCAGCUACGACACGAAAUUACCCCUAAACAUCAACGACGCAGACAUUGAGCCUGAAACAAACCAGAUGCCAACAGGGCGUGGGGGAUUGACCGAUAUGACAAUUCCAAUCGUCUCGUGUGAGAUAAAUGUAAUCGUGAGGCAAAUGAUGCCUCAGAGUGCCAAGGAGGGUGCGCCGGGGAUAGAAGAACAAACCCGUCUUCUAAACGAAAUCUGGCAGAAAGUCGACCAAGGAUACCUUCAGUAUUCGGUAGAGGCAAACAACAUUGUGUAUUGGGUCCAAAUCAAUGUCAUAAGGCUUGUGACAGCCAAGCUGACACUCUUCAUCUACCUACCUGUCCUCUUCUCUCUACCGAGCGAACACCUCUCAGACCAGAUUAGAAACAAGCUUCUAGUUGCAGCAAUCGAGGUCGCGGAAUACAACCAUGCUCUCAACGCAGAGCACGAAGCUCGUCACUGGCGCUGGGUUUACCAGACCUACACUCAUUGGCACGCCGUUGUCUACCUGUUGAUCGAAAUAUCCCGACGCCCAUUGUCGCCUGUCAUUGAGAGGGCUUGGAAUGCACUUCAUAGCCCAUGGCUAAUCCCACCGCAGUCCACCAUGGACAAAAACCAACGGGUCUGGGUUCCCCUGCGGAAGCUAACUGCCAAAGCCAAGAAACACCGCGCCGCGGAGAUCGAACGGCUGAAAAGCGAUCCGCAGGCUGCCAGACAGCUAGAGAUGGAAGAUGAAAAGAUUCCUGUUUCUGGAAGUCCUGGGUUAUUCCCAACUGGGGCGUCCAAUCCCGUUGCUUUCUUUCGCGAGCGGUGGCGCGAGCUUUUGCAGGUUCCUGGACAUCACACCAAGGAACUUGGCCUUGCACAGUCCAGCACCAGCCCACCCACACAAUCCACCUACACAACCCCACCCUCCAUACCGGCGUACUAUGCCGGCGGCAUGGGAUCGAGUCCAGCCUUCGACCCAGUCUAUCCGAGCGCUUAUAGCUUUCGAACAACCCAGAACCAGAACCAGAACCAGAACCUACCAACAGCAAACCCGCCCUCGACGAAUACUUCAAGCGACUUGACAAUGGGACAUACGACCGAUUACAGAGAUCCAUUGACGUGGAACUCUGGCCUUGUGCCUUGGCUGUGGGCAGAUGCAGAUCCAUCGAUUGAUGUUUUUGCCGGUGUGGAUGUCGAUGUGGAUUUGGAUUUCAAUAUGGAUAUAGAUGGCGGGGAUGUGGAUUGGUAUAAUUGGGUUGAGUCGGCUAGGGGUAUGGAGUGGGAUGCUGGAAAUGGGCAGGUGUAA